AUGCUCCAUUGGAGCCUACCAUCACUUCUCAGCACUUUGUUCUUGGUGCUGAGCGGCUCAACUGAAGGAAGCCCACCGGCAGCUGGCCCAACGAUCAAGUACACUGCAAGUCUCGGGGGAGAUGUCGAGUGCCUUAGCGAGGUCAAUGCUGCGCGUGAAGCUGCUGGGCUGCCCAGCUUCACAACAGCAUCGGACGGCAAUGAAUUAACUGCUCCGGGCGGAACAGAUCUAGAGGAGGGCAGCGAGUGGAAAAAAGUCUGCACACAUUUGAUUCCGACGGAAGCAACAGAAGCAAUUGCUGGGUCGACUACAGCGAAUCCUUUUCAAGACGGAACAUAUGCUUUCAAGUCCCUAACUGCUGCGAAGCCUGACUGCAAGGAAACAGUUGAUUACUGGAAGGCAGCCUACAAAAACUUCACUGGACUACCACCAUCAAAAGCUGAAGAUGAAAACCUUUACAAAAAUCAAGACAACGUUUCUUUUGUAGCCCUCUACAACCCUUCUACUGGUGCCACUGCAGACUGCCGAGUCGUCACUUGCACUCAAACGACUACCACUAGUACAGACGAUGAAACGGAGUCAAGUUAUGCGGCAGGCAACACUGCAAAAAGUGGAUAUGCGUUGAUUUGCAAGACGAUGCCUGCUGCAUUUGGAACUGGCAGCUCUGCGCCAUUCACGCAAGAGCAGUGGGACGGGAUCGUAUCUUCUCUCACAGGUUCCGCAUCGAUAGCAGUUCCAAGCUUUGUUGCUCUUGCCAUUGUGACAUUCGGCAUUACGACUUUAUUGUGA